AGAAGAUCCUAGAACUCACCCACAAGAUGAUGGAGCUGCUGACUGGAGAGGUUCCUAUAAGGUGUCAGGAUGUCACUGUCUAUUUCUCCAUGGAGGAGUGGGAGUAUAUAGAAGGACACAUGGAUCUGUACAAGGAGACCAUGAUGGCGGAGCACCAGCCUCUUAUAUCACAAGAAAUCGAGACUCAUCAGACCAGGCAACAUUUUUCCAGUCUUCAACAGUCCAAUUUUGAGAAUGCCAGUAAACAUUUUAAGAGAGGCAUCAUGAUAUCAUUAAAUUAUAACGUAGAAGAUCAAGAUAUUAUGAGGCGCCCUUCAGGAGAAACCCGCAUUACUGUUAAUGUACGCCUAGGACUUCAUUCUACUGAUCUAUCAUGUAAUCCCCCUAAUCAUCAGGAACCUUCUUCUGACCAAUCACACAUUGUUACCACAAGUACACAUCAGAAAGGUCGGAAAAGGUUUCAGUGUGGUAAGGAGUCCUCAAAGAGAUCAAGUCUUUCUACACAAAGAGGAAUUUACACAGGGGAGAAGCGAUAUUCAUGUUCAGAUUGUGGGAAAUUUUUUACAUAUAAAUCACGUCUUGUUUCACAUGAGAGAAGUCACACAGGAGAGAAGCCGUAUUCAUGUUCAGAAUGUGGGAAAUGUUUUACACUAAAAUCAAAUCUUGUUACACAUCAGAGAUUUCACACGGGAGAGAAGCCAUAUUCAUGUUCAGAAUGUGAGAAAUGUUUUGCAAAUCAAUCUCAUCUUGUUACACAUAAGAGAAUUCACACAGGAGAGAAGCCAUAUUCAUGUUCAGAAUGUGGGAAAUGUUAUGCAGAUAAAUCAAAUCUUGUUACACACGAAAGAUGUCAUACAGGAGAGAAACCAUAUUCAUGUUCAGAAUGUGGGAAAUGUUUUAGACAAAGAUCCAAUCUUGUUACACAUGAGAGAAGUCACACAGGAGAAAAGCCAUAUUCAUGUUCAGAAUGUGGGAAAUGUUUCACAAAAAAAUCCGAUCUUGUAAUACAUGAGAGAAUUCACACAGGAGAGAAGCCGUAUUCAUGUUCAGAAUGUGGAAAAUCUUUUGCAGAUAAAUCAAAUCUCGUUUCACAUGAGAGAUAUCACACAGGAGAGAAACCAUUUUCAUGUUUAGAAUGUGGGAAAUGUUUUACACUAAAAUCACAUCUUGUUACACAUAAGAGAAUUCACACAGGAGAGAAGCCAUAUUCAUGUUCAGAAUGUGGGAAGUGUUUUAAGUCAAAAUCAUAUCUUAUUACACAUCAGAGAUUUCACACAGGAGAGAAGCCAUACUCUUGUUCAGAAUGUUUUGAAGUGGUUCACAAACAAAUUAAGUCUCAUUAGUCAAGAGAGAGUUCACACAGGAGAGAAGCUAAAAUGCUAUACGAGCAAAAAAAAAUUAAAAAAUGGAUUGUACAUGUUUUUAGUCUAUUUAUUCUAUUCUAUUAUAUCCUGAACAUGAUUAUGGGGGCCACCUUGCCUGAGCUGUUAUUAAUACGAUUUAGAGAUAUACUUUACAGCAGCCAACUGGGCCAUAGACACAAUGGACAGGAGAGGACCUCAUUGACUUCUAUGUUUUCAAUGGGAGAGUUUACUAGGCAUGCUCUAAGACCUGUGCAGAGGUCGGGAGGGAGAAGAUAAACUGUAAUAUGACCUGUUGUUUAUGGUGGGUCCUGUGUUUAUCUAUAAGGGUGAGUCAAAAAUUAUCUGCCCUCUGGCUGAAGGAAUUUUUUUUAAUCAAAUUUCAGAAAAAAAAACAGAUUACAUUUUUAAAUAAUCCCAGUCGCGGCUGCAUAGGUUUGAACGUGUUAAAUCAGUUUAUUUGUCACUCCAGUGAGAGAAAGAAUGGCUGCCCCAUGAAAGAGCAGCAGCAUGCAGUGAUUUGUUUUUUGUUGGCUGAGGCUGUGUCUGGCGAUAUUAACCAAUAGGUCAUUUUCAGAUGGUAGAUUCCCUUUGACAUUAACGUUAGGUCUAUGUGGCAGCAUGUGUUGUUUUACAUGGAUGUUUUAUGUGAUUCAACAAAGAAUAUAGAAUAAAAGAAAAAGUGUCUGUACAGAAUAAAUUACCAUUGGUUGAUGUUGGCGGGAAUGGACGACUAUCUGAUGUGUAUAGGGGGCUCCUGACUGUACCCCAAAAAGAUUGUGUGAGGGGAAGAAGGAUCGGGCAGAUUGAGUUCAUCAUGCCCGUUUCUCUUGUCUGGCAGCAGCUACCUGCCAACUCCCAAUUCACAAGACAUGGAAGCAGACCCUGGAGUAUUUGUAUGAGGGGUUAGAGGAAGAGCUUCGGGGGGAGAAGAAGGGUUAAUCUCAGCGAUAUAGAAGGUGUACGGCCGCCUUAGGCCUGAUUCACACGCGUGUGUUCUCCUCCAUGUGCGAUCUGCGUGUGCAAUGGUCUGUGAGACGACCGGUACAAGUCACAGACUGAGGGGCCAUGCCAGGAAACUCAGGACAUGUCGGGAGCUCAGAGUCUCCUGCCUCCACACACUGCACUGCCAGGAGCUUAGCUAUACACGGAGCUCAGAGUCUACUGCCCCCACACACUGCACUGCCAGAAGCUUAGAUAAACAAGGAGCUCAGAGUCUUACUUUAUUUCACUUGAAAGGGUUAACUUAUACUGUUUAUUACUGUGUUACUGUAUUUUAUAUGUUCUGAUAUAUAGAUCCUGUUCAUUAUCCCUGUAUUUGCAAGACUCUGUGGAAAGGGUAAUGAAUACUGAGAGACUGUUAUGACUUUGAAUGAGAAGCUGGUAAUUUUCAACAGCUGCCAUAGAGUUUAAAGAGCCAGACACUGUUUACCACCAAACCAGACAGACUGACCUUUUGAAUGUCUGGUUUAGCUCUGUUGUUAUAUCUAGAAACUUGUUUUUGUUUGGAAAAACUGCUGUGUCAUUGCCAUUGAGUAU